AUGGAUAAAAGGAAAUUAUCUACGUCCGGGGAUACUCUCUACCAGACACUGGGCCUACAGAAGACGGCAACGGCGGACGAGAUCAAGAAGACAUACAGAAAACUCGCCCUAAAGUACCACCCGGACAAGAACCCCAACAACCCAGAUGCAGCAGAAAAGUUCAAAGAAGUAAACCGUGCUCAUUCCAUACUGAGUGAUUUGACAAAGCGAAACAUUUACGACAACUAUGGAUCGCUUGGCUUGUACAUUGCGGAACAGUUUGGCGAGGAGAACGUUAAUGCAUACUUCGUCGUUACGUCGCCUACGUGCAAGGCACUGUUUAUGAUUUGUGGUAUUAUCACCGGGUGUUAUUGCUGCUGCUGUUGCUGCUGUUGCUGCAACUUCUGCUUUGGCAAAUACAAACCAGUACCGCCCGAGAAUGCUGGAGAUUAUCAUCAUCUACACGAAGAUUUGGCAGAUCUGGAAGAUAAUGGUGGUGGCCCGGUGACAUCGCAGCCACAAGCUGGACAAGGACAGGGUGCCGGCAUGCCAGUGUACGCCAUGCCUCCACCAUCGUCCAAUCCGACGAAUCCGUUCACCGGAAACGCCACUGAGAGCACGGGGCUGAACACGGGCAAUCAACCGAUCUACACGCCAGGUAUGAAGUGA